GCCUGGGAACCGCGGCCAACUCUCGCGAGACUUGCCUGGAGUCGGAGCGCGGGGCCAGGCCGUGGGGAAAGCCGAGCUCCGGUGGGAAACAUGUCGGAUUCAGAGCUCGGCAGGAAGUUGGACCGGUGCUUGGCGGAUACGGUCGUCAAGAUAGGUACUGGUUUUGGAUUAGGACUUGUUUUCUCACUUACCUUCUUUAAAAGAAGAAUGUGGCCACUAGCCUUUGGUUCCGGCAUGGGAUUGGGAAUGGCCUACUCCAACUGUCAGCAUGAUUUCCAGGCCCCGUAUCUUCUACAUGGAAAAUAUGUCAAAGAGCAGAAGCAGUGAUUUACACCUGAGAACAUCUCAGUGGGAGGAGAAGAGAAAUCAUGUUUAUUCCUCAGGAAUACUGAAGUGCCCUGGAGUAAGCUGACAUUCUUCUGUAACAAUGUUAUCAGCAGUGCUCUAAACUCCAGCACACUGUUUAUGUAUUUGAAACCAAGUCUGUUUCUUGUUUUGUAUUUUCUCUCUGGAAAUUGCAAGGAGGUGGUCUUAAAAGAAAUAAAUUAAACAAAAAUAGGCAGCUUA